AUGUCGCUACCGUCGUACAGUGUCUUCCGCCCGCUGGCCAUUUUUGCGGGCAUUUUCGGCAUAUUUCAAUCGCUAAUAUGGAUCGGAUUUGCCAUCACCGGUAUCGUCGCGUACUACUGCGAAAUCAACUUCUCCGCCCAGACGGAUACGUUGGGGUCACUCCUCACAUUAACUUUCUUCAACGUAUACUUUAGCGGUACUUGCGUUCAGACGAACAUUCCCGGGAUCGACAUGACGCUUAUAGAACCGCUGAGUUUACUGGCGCCGGGGGAUGUGCACGCCUUCGUUUGGGUCUAUCUGAUACUGCACCUGUUCUGGGCGAUCAGCUCGCUGACACUGCUCACAAAUGCGCGCCAGAAGUACGUACGUUACAUGAACAUUUUCCUGUACAUUUGGAUCGUCAUAACACUGAUCAUCAGCGUGCUGGAUCUGGCGCUGGGCAUUCUGUUCGCGAUCGACUACGACACACUUGUUCGCGCGCUUUUCGCGUACCCGUUGGGCGUGAAUCCGAUAACCGGGGGUCAAGUGGUGCUUGCGACGGCCGUGCACGUUGCCGGCAUCAUGAUGGUGAUGGCGUUCCGCGGAUGGAUUUUCUGGAUCGUCAAUGUGUCGCUCGCGAUCUUCAUGUUUACGCAGACCUUCAAGAUAUACGACUACAACCAGAUGCGGCGCAAGAACAGCGGCGCUACGAACGGGGGCUUCGUCCCGGAACGUGACGGUCCCCGACGGAGUCCGAUCGAUGCGUACGAUAUGCGGGGCCAAUCAUUCGCUGUUCCACAGCAGACGGAAUAUCGGCGCCCACUGGAGCGUAUCAGUGAGCGAGGGAUCGAAGUGGAACCACCGGUAGUGCCGCAAACCGACUGGAACCAGCCGCGUAGCUUCGAACCGAAGCCAACCGUCCUCGUGAGCCGUUCGAUUGAACCGCUGGCACGUCCCCAGUCCACGGAGCCAUCGAUCGUCGAAGAGCGGCAGGACACGAGACCAAUCCCACCGCCACCACCGCCAAAGAACUUCAUGAACACGGUCGUCCGGAGGGAUGUGGCCGCGGCCAAGGUGGCCCAAGAGCUGAGCUACCGGAAUAGCUUCAACGUGACAAACAGUGGCAUCGGGGCCGUCAAUCUGCGGCCAACCGGUAUUAACCUGACCAAUCCAGGCGUAUCCCCGGGCGGCGAUACCGAUUUACCGACGCCAAACUACAGCCCACCGAUGCCACGCGUUAACCCGUUCGAAAAUCGUCCUCCUCUGCGGUCGGUCCUGCGGAACUCUAGGUUUCAGUAG